CUCGUUCUCUGCCGCGCUCGCUCGGGCCACUCGCGCUCCCGCGCCGCGCCGCGCCGGCUUCAUGUGAAGCGCCGGCCCUCUGCCCCCUCCCUCCCCUUCCUUCCUUCCCUCCCUCCCUCCCGUCCCCUCCUCCUCCUUCUUUUCCUCCUCCUCCGCCCCCUCCCGCGCCCGCUCCCGCUCCCCGGGGCCCCCAGCCCGGCUGGGCGCUGACAGCAGGGGCGGGGGUCCCCGCCGCCGCCGUGUCUCACGCAGGCUCCGGCUGGGGCAGCGGAGCCCCCGGUGCGGCCAUGGACCGGCCUCUGGUGGCGUCGGCGGAGGCGGAGGAGGAACUGGAGUGGCAAGUGGCGAGUCGCAGGAGGAAGGCCUGGGCCAAGUGCCGCGGCUCCUGGCAGGCGUCGGAAACGGAGGACCUGUCCACAGAAGCGACGACGCAGGACGAAGACGAGGACGACGAGGACGACCUCCCGGGCGCGAAGCUGCCGGCGGCGGCGGGGAGAGGAAACGUGCCCAACGAGAAGAUCGCGAUAUGGCUCAAGGAUUGCCGUACCCCUUUGGGAGCCUCACUGGAUGAGCAAAGCAGUAAUACGCUCAAGGGUGUGCUUGUGAGAAAUGGAGGCAGUUUUGAAGAUGAUUUGUCUUUGGGAGCUGAAGCCAACCACCUCCAUGAAACAGAUACUCAAAUUGAAAACUGCAAUAAUAUCUUGGCCAAAGAGAGAAGACUACAGUUUCAUCAGAAAGGGAGAAGUAUGAAUUCCACUGGAUCUGGGAAAAGUAGUGGGACAGUUUCCAGUGUUUCAGAAUUGUUGGAACUUUAUGAGGAAGAUCCUGAAGAAAUUCUUUAUAAUCUUGGAUUUGGACGAGAUGAACCAGAUAUUGCUUCUAAAAUUCCUUCCAGAUUUUUUAAUUCAUCAUCAUUUGCCAGAGGGAUAGAUAUUAAAGUAUUUUUGAGUGCUCAAAUGCAACGGAUGGAAGUAGAAAAUCCAAAUUAUGCUUUAACAAGUCGUUUCCGUCAAAUUGAAGUGCUUACUACCGUGGCCAAUGCAUUUUCUUCUUUAUAUUCUCAAGUCUCUGGGACUCCCCUCCAGAGAAUUGGAAGUAUGUCUUCAGUGACUUCUAACAAGGAGACAGACUCACCUCCACCUUUAACCCGAAGUAACACUGCAAAUCGUUUAAUGAAAACACUAUCAAAACUAAAUUUAUGUGUUGAUAAAACAGAGAAAGGAGAAAGUAGUAGUCCUUUCCCAGUAAUUGAAAAAGGAAAGAUCCUGAAUGUUUCAGUGAUGGAAGAAAGUGGCAAUAAAAAUGAUCAAAAGUCUCAAAAAAUUGUAAAGAAGAAAGACUCAUCUUCUAUGUUGGCUACAGUUAAAGAAGAAGUAUCAGGUAGUUCAGCAUGUGUUAUGGAGAAUGCUGACACUGAUAGACUUUGUGAUGAAGCAAAUAGUAAUUUUAACCAAAAAACUGAAAGUGAACAAAGUGAAGAAACGCAAAGUCAUGUGAAUACACCGGGUGAGGAAUCUGGUAUUAUGGAAUCUGAUUUAGGUAACAGUUUUAACAUGUCCAGGCACAGUGAGCUGGAAAAUGGCAACGAGGUGAAAAGUGUCCAUGUGUCCACACAUGAAAAAGAGCCAUGUGCACCGCUCACGAUCCCAUCCAUAAGAAAUAUAAUGGCACAGCAGAAGGACUCCUUUGAAAUGGAAGAGGUUCAAAGUACAGAGGGAGAAGCUCCUCAUGUUCUAGCUGCUUACCAGCUAGGUCUCACGAAGUCAAAAAGAGAUCAUCUAUUACGUACUGCAAGUCAGCACUCUGAUAGCAGUGGUUUUGCUGAAGAUUCGACAGACUGCCUCUCCCUUAAUCAUCUCCAGGUUCCCGAGUCCUUGCAGGCCAUGGGGAGUAGCGCUGAUAGCUGUGAUAGUGAGACAACAGUCACCUCAUUUGGUGAAGACCUUGUCACACCAGCAGCACAAGAUCAGCCUUAUUUUAAUGAAUCAGAGGAGGAGUCUCUCGUCCCUCUCCCAAAGGGAAGAGAGAAGGCAGCAACAGCUGCUGCUAAGAAAAGGCCAGAUAGCCAGGAUUUCCCCCAAUGCAAGACUGUGGAGAAUGCAGGAAACACGCAGCCCACCUGCAGCACAGGAGAUCACAUUACUGAGAUUACUGAAACGAGUGAGGAUUUGUCUCCAGCACAGCCAGGGGACCUGCUGAGGGAAGCAAGUGCUGAAAGUGAUGUGGACAAAAGCAGUGAAUGUGAAUUUGCCCACUAUACCACACACCAUAUUCUGAAGUCACUGGCUUCUCUCGAAGCUAAAGGCAGUGAGAAGGGCUCAGAAAAUACAACUGGGCCUCCCUCUUCUGUGGACAGAGUUAAUACAGCUUUGCAAAGAGCUCAAAUGAAGGUUUGCAGUCUGUCUCAUCAAAGAGUAGGGCGUAGCUUGAUAAAAUCGAAAGAUCUCUUAAAACAGAGGUACUUAUUUGCAAAAGCUGGCUAUCCUCUAAGAAGGUCUCAGUCUUUACCAACCACCUUAUUGAGCCCAGUAAGAGUUGUAUCCUCUGUCAAUGUCCGGUUGUCCCCAGGAAAGGAGACCAGAUGCAGUCCACCUUCCUUCACCUAUAAGUACACACCUGAAGAGGAACAGGAAUUAGGAAAAGAGGUGAUCGAGCACGAUGGUCAGUCUUUAGUUAAAUCCACUAUUUUCAUCUCUCCGUCACCUGUGAAGAAAGAAGAAGCCCCUCAGAGCGAGGUGAACCGGCCGGAGGAAUGCCAUCAUCGAAGGACUCCUACCUGUUCACUGUAUGCUCCAGCACCUGUAUCUCAGUCCGCCUGUUCUCUUCACUCUGUCCACUCCGAGUGGCAGGAGAGGCCCCUGUGUGAGCACAUGAGAACUCUGAGCACUCACAGUGUUCCCAGCAUAUCAGGCACCACCUGUAGUGCCUUCACUGCCCCUUUCGGGUGUCCUAAUUCGCAUAGACAUGCUGCCUACCCUUACCGAGCGUGUUCUGUGAACCCUCCUUCUGCCAUCGAAAUGCAGUUGCGAAGAGUAUUGCAUGAUAUUAGAAACUCACUGCAGAAUCUUUCACAGUACCCUAUGACGAGAGGACCUGAUCUUGCUGCUGCUGUGUAUAGUACUCAGAAAUCAUCUGUUCUACCUCUAUAUGAAAAUACUUUUCAGGAACUCCAGGUAAUGAGGCGGAGCCUGAAUUUAUUUAGAACGCAAAUGAUGGAUUUAGAGUUGGCAAUGCUGCGUCAGCAAACCAUGGUUUAUCAUCAUAUGACUGAGGAGGAAAGGUAUGAAGUCGAUCAGCUUCAGGGUUUGAGAAAUUCGGUCCGCAUGGAACUUCAGGACCUGGAACUGCAGCUGGAGGAGCGCCUGCUGGCCCUGGAGGAGCAGUUCCGCGCUGUGCGCAUGCCUUCUCCCUUCCGCUCCUCAGCCCUCAUGGGAAUGUGUGGCAGUAGAAGCGCUGAUAACUUGUCAUGCCCUUCUCCAUUGAAUGUAAUGGAACCAGUCACUGAACUGAUGCGGGAACAGUCCUAUCUGAAGUCUGAAUUGGGCAUGGGACUUGGAGAAAUGGGAUUUGAAAUUCCUCCUGGAGAAAGCUCAGAAUCUGUGUUCUCCCAAGCAACAUCAGAGUCAUCUUCUGUAUGUUCUGGUCCAUCUCAUGCUAAUAGAAGAACUGGAGUACCUUCUGGUGACUCAGUGGGCAAACCUAAGACCCAUCUGGUACCAAUACCAAGCAAGAAAGUAUUCCGAGCAUCAGUGGCCCUAACACCCACUGCUCCUUCUAGAAUGGGCUCUGUUCAGACACCUCCAGAUGUGGAAAGUUCUGAGGAAGUUGGAGCAGCUGAAGAAGUCUUGGAGGCUGUGGGACCUAAAUCUGAAGUGGAAGAAGGGAAUGGAAAAACCCCAUUAAUGCCAACUGCUGGAGAAAUGCAUAAAAAUGUGGAGCAAGAUGAGUUGCAGCAAGUCAUACGGGAGGUUGGCAUGGAUCCUAUUGGCUGUGCGAUGUUGGAGUUAUCAAUGAUAUACACUGGUGGAGGUGUUACUUGUGCUUCAGAAGAUACUUGCUGCUGAGCUGGGCUACUGUAUACAGUGUACAAUGUUUAUUUCUUCUACGCAUAUCUUUUUUAAAAACGUACAUAGAAACUUAGGCACUUUGCUGACUUUAUUUCUUUUCUAAACUACCAAAACUGUAGCCAUUUGAAAAGCCUAAUAUUUAUUUGUAUGUCAAUAUUUUCCAAUUGAUUCCCUAUAUAGAAUUAAUUUUAAAACUUGAAAACUUCCAGACUUAACCAACUUAUAAAUAACAUAUUUCUUCAGACUAGCUUCUUAAAACACUGACCUCUAUGAGGUAUUUACUGUGCAAUAACUGAUUCAUUUUUUUGAGCUUGAAGCAACCAAUGAUUUUCCCUCCACUGCUAUUAAUUAGUGUCACUUCCAAGAAGAAAAAUUGUUCUGUUGUAAAAAUUGCUCUUAAUUCUUGAGGAGGUUACUAAUAGCAGUAGGAUAGAAUUGUAUGAGGUUACCUACAACUACUUAAUGUUCUUACACUGUAAGCAUUGUUACUUUACCAAGACAAAUGUAAUUUUAUUAUAGCUUAUGUAGUAUUUUUCUUUUGGAAAUAAGCCUUAUGUUAAACACUAUACUUUUUGCAUUG